UUUGCAAAUUCUUUAAUUAUUCGCUUCAUUUUUCACUGAAAAUAAUCAAUCGCUCGCAUCUGUUCGAAUUAUCUGCUACUUUUGUGAGCGAGGAUCCAAGAUGGCAAACGAUACUGAGAAACCGAAGCUCUCCAAGAAUCUGAUGCAGAUGAAGUUUAUGCAACGAAAACAACAAUCAGAUGACAGGGAAAAACUAGAAGAAGAGGAGCAGCGGGUUAUAGAUGAGGAACACUGGGUGUUGGACAUUCCUGAACUCAAGAAAUUAGAAAGUAGAUAUGAAGUUAUAGACAGCUUUGUGCCCUGUGAAGGCCUGAAGUAUGGUCGUUUUUCCUUCCAAGGCUUCAACCCUGCAAUAGAGAAAAUAGCCAAAAGCUUUGAGGUUGCCAAGGAGGAAGAGGCCUCAGAAGCCAAAGAGAAGGAAGAGAGUGUUUCAGAUGAUGAAAUGGCUAGAAGGUAUGAAGCUAUCGUGGGAACAAUACAGAAGAAAUUUGGCAAGAAGAGACAUAGAAACUCAACAGGGGAUGAACCUCAGGUCAAAAAGAAAAAGAAGAAGUUCCUGAAGCCUAAAGAGGACUAGAUAUAAAGUUGUGUUAGUAUCCUGGAAGCAUAACCACAUCAUAGCCAGUCAGUGUAUUGUACUGGCUUUUACAUAAGUUAUAUUA